AGGGGCCUCAGCCACGCCUGUGCCCGGGGGCUCUGCGCCUUCGAGGAGUCAAGGCCGCACGUGGAUCUUGAUGGUUGCAGCGCUCCUGAGUGUCCUGGGAGCUGUGGGUUCUGUGGCUGUGUGGGGCCUCUCCAAAGCAAAAAGCAGAUCUGACAUCUGGAGCCUUGAGAAAGGAUCCAGGGAGCAGCUGAUGCCUGGCAAGAGCCAUGCAGGCUCAUUUCCCUCAAGGGCAGGUGGUGUCGGGGCUGGGAAGGAAUGGGGACUGGAGCAUGCCCCUAGGCUCGCUGAGUGAGGAGGUGGUGGCCCGGCUCUGUGAGCUCCUGGAUAACACUGACCAGGGCUGGCGCAAGCUGGCCGUGGUGGCGGGGGCAGAGAAACGCUUCAAAUGCAGUGCGGAGGAGCUGGAGAUGUGCUCGCUGAAGGUGCUGGAGCCCCACGGCAGCCCCACGCAGUGCCUCCUGCAGCUGCUGGCUGAGUGCGACUGCACCCUAAAGUACCUGCUGGGCUGCCUGGAGAGGAUGGGGCACCCACAGGCCUGCCAGGUCCUCAGCAGCACUGUCCAGGACAUGAUCUGCAUCACAGUGCAACCGGAGUCACAGGUGGUGAGGGAGGGGGCACAGGUAUCCCUGACCUGCUGGGCAACCGGCCCGCCAGGGCUCAUGUACCAGUGGUUCUGCGGGAAACAGGAGGUGCCUGGAGCCACAGCCCCAGAGCUGGUGAUCGACAUGGCUGCCCCACCAAGCCAGCCUGCGUGGUACAUCUGCCGGGUGAACUGCGGGGCCGUCAUUGCCUUUUCCAGGUGGGCCCAUAUCCGGGUGGAGAAGAGCAGCAGCUCUUCAGGCAGUGGUUACUGCCCGACGAUGGCGGGGCUGCAGGUCCUGCAGCAGCCACAGCCAUGCCAACUGGCUGAGGGGGACGCGCUGGUGCUGGAGUGCAGAGCCAUCGGCAAUCCCCCGCCCCAGUACCAAUGGUUCAGGAACCGUUGUCCUGUGGAGGGCGUGCAGAUCCCCCAGCUCCAGGUGAAGCUGGUGACCACAGCCGAGCGGGGCAGCUACUCCUGCUGCGUGUUCAACGUCUUCCAUGAGGUGUGGAGCCAGGAGGUGGACAUUGAGAUCAGCCCACGGCUCUUCACGUCUGAAGGCUUUUGGCAGGAGGGAGACAGAGGCUCCCUGGAGCAUGGUAGCCCCGGCCAGCUGUACAGUAAGAGCCUGCUCAGGAAAAUCUGGUGGUCUUGUGGGGCUGUGACCAUUCCCAGUGUCCCCAGUGUCCCCCUACAAGGCUCUACUCAGCCAGGAUGCUUGGUGUGCAGCACGCCAGGGAGAGUGGAGCAGCAAGGCAGGGAUGCCAUGGGGCACCCCGCCACCGACAAAGUGGCCCUGCUGAUGGGCAACAUGCACCACAAGCAGCUGAAGGUGUCCAUGGUGGACGUCCACGCCCUCAGUGCGCUCCUCCGCCAGCUCGACUUCAAGGUGGUCUCCCUGCUGGACCUGUGCAAGGCCGAGAUGGAGAUGGCUGUUGAUGAGUUCCUCCUACUCCUUAACAAGGGAGUCUACGCAGGUUUGCUUUACUACGCUGGGCAUGGUUAUGAAAAUUUUGGCAACAGCUUCAUGGUGCCCAUUGAUGCCCCCAGCUCCUACACCUCUGCCCACUGCCUGUGUGUGCAGCGGGUGCUGCGGAGCAUGCAGGAGCGCCACACUGGCCUCAACAUCUUCCUGCUCGACAUGUGCCGCAAGAGGAACCUCAAUGACGAUGUCAUCCCACAGGUCGGGGCACUGCAAGUCACAGCCAACAUCGUCUUUGGCUAUGCCACGUGCGUGGAUGCUGAAGCUUACGAGCUGAGACAAGGUGAGCUCUCCAAUGGCAUCUUCGUCACCUUCCUUAAGCGCUGGCUGCUGGAGGAUGAAAAGAUCACCAUGCUGCUGGACAAGGUGGCUGAAGACAUGGGCAAGCUGGACAUCACGCAGGGCAGGCAGGCACUGGAGGUCCGCAGCAACCUAUCGGAGAGAUGGGCUCUGACGGAUUCCAUCCAUUCCCUGGGCCUGGAUGAGUCCUCCGCCAGGAACCUGCAGUGGGCCAAGGCUCGUGUCCUGCCGGAGAGCCAGCACCUCCACUUCGACUGUGGCGUCACCAUACAGCUGGGCUUUGCUGCUGAGUUCUCCAACAUCAUGAUCAUCUAUACUCGUGUGGUGGCCACCCCCGAGGACAUCACCAUGUGCGAGGCCAGGCUCGCCGACAUACCUGAGGAGCUGGAUGUGGACCUCGAGUACACCAACAAGGAGAGCCCGGAGAAGGUGGGCAGCCCACUGGCACCUACAUGGAGCCUCAACUGCCCCUCCUGCUGCCUCUACAGCCGGCUCUGUGGCUUGCAGAAGCUGCAGCAGGAACUGGCCUUCACCAUCUGCCUGCAGUACCGUUACCGCAGCAUGGACGACUUUGUGGAGGAGAGGCAGACGGUGAGCGUGGGCAAGCCGCUCAUCGCCAAGCUCAACCUGCAGCUGGCAGCCGCCCCCUCACUGCCAGACAGCUCCCUCUCCGCCUCCCCCCCUGGAAGCUGGGGCACAGCGGGCAGCUCCUGAUCCCCCAUGUCCCUGGCUCCCGUGCUCUGUAGAGGGACGACGUGGCUCCCCCUUGUCACUGUGGAUCCUGGGACCUGCUGGGGAUGGAGGGGAUGGAGGGGAUGGAGGUGACAUGGGUAGAGGUGUGUGUGAGGGUGGUGACCCCCAUCCUGGCUGGUCCUGGGGGUGCAGGACUCACUGUGUAGCACAGCUGGGACCCCUGGAGCUAGGGACUGCAGAGAGUGCGCAUGGCAUCACCAACCACCGGUACACCCCUGGCAUGACACUGUCAGCCCACAUCCCUGGGAUUGCCAGACCCAUAAACAGGGCAGACUCAACCCCACGUCCCCUAGCAUAGCACCGCCAGCCUCACAUCUCAGGGCACUGCCAGACCCAUAAAAAAGGCAGGGCCAACCCCAUGUCCCAGGGCCACAGCAGCCACAUGUCCCCUUGCAUGGCAGUGCCACCCUGCAUCCCAUGGCAGUGCCGAUCCAUAUCCCAUGGCACUGUCAGCCCCACAUCCCAUGGCAGUGCCAGUCCUAUGUCCCAGUUCACGGCCCAGCAGUGCGGGGGCAGUGCCCAGAGCCCACGGCUCAGCCGGCGCGAGGCGUUGCUUUGGGGCAGGGCUGGGUUCAUUCAGACCUAGGAGAAAUAGAGAGAAAUAAGCAGAUUAGAGGGCAAAUCCCAUGGGAGGGGAUUACAUGGGUGGGAGCAGGAGGGCUCCUGCUCUGCUACUAGGGGCUGGGAGAAUAACCCAUGCUCCCAGUAGAACCCAGUCCAACCCUAGGUGCAGGGCUGUGCUGGCCCUGUCCAGGUGGGGAGGGAUUUCAGGACAGGACUGGGAAUCUGGAUGUGGGGGGAAAAGCCUUUUUGCUUGCAUUUUUCUCAAGCAUGGCCCCACAUGCAGUGGCUGUGACUCACGUAGGGCGUGCUCCGCCACGUCUCAAGUGGGGCAAGCAGAAAUAAAAAAGGGAAGGGCAGAUGGCUCAGUGCUCCUAUGGUUUUCUGGGGUUUCAGUGGCAUUUCUUUGGGGCCAAAAUCUUGCCUGUUUAUGCUCAAUGCACACCACAGCCACAGUGCUGCACCAGUAGAAGUGGGACCAGCAGGGUGUGGGAGGAGAUCCCACCCCUCUGCUCUGCUCUGGGGAGAGCCCACCUGGAGCCCACAUCCAGCUCUGGAGCCCUCAGCUCAGGAAGGACCUGGAGCUGUUGGAGUGAGUCCAGAGGAGGGCACGGAGAUGAUGUGAGGGCUUGAGCAGCUCUGCUCUGGGGAGAGGCUGAGAGAGUUGGGGUUGUUCAGCUGGAGCAGAGAGAGACCUUAGAGCAGCUUCCAGUCCUGAAAGGGGUUCCAGGAAAGCUGGGAGGGGCUCUUGAUCAGGGAGUGCAGGGAUAGGAUGAGAAGGAUCCAUUUUAAACUGAAAGAGGGGAGAUUGAGAUUAGAUUUUAGGGAGAAAUGCUUUCCUGUGAGGGUGGGGAGCCCCGGCCCAGGUUGCCCAGAGCAGUGGUGGCUGCCCCAUCCCUGGAGGUGUUCAAGGUCUGGUUGGAUGGGACUUGGAGCAACCCGAUCCAGUGGGAGGUGUCCCUGCCCAUGGCAGGGGGUGGAACUAGAUUGGCUUUAAGGUCCCUUCCAACCUAAACUAUGCUAUGAGGUGCUGAUAGGAGGGAAGGGGCAACCAGCCUUUCCUGCAGGAGCACCCCAACAUCUCCCACCUCCAUCGUCAACCCAUGCAAAUUAGCUCAUUUAAAUAAUUCACAUAACCCCCAACCCCAGGGACCCAGGGAGAUGCAUCCUCAUCCUGGGGCCUCUCUGUGCCCUUGCUUUUUGGGUGGCGGUUGCAACAUCGUGGGGGAAGCAUCCUCACAACAUCGUGGGGGAAGCAUCCUCGCCCCAAUUAGUGUCCGAUCAAACAGGUCGGGGGUGCCGAGCCCCUCGCUCUCUGCACCAGCCGGCCUUUGUUGGUGCUCAGGAGGCCAAGGGGUGUCCCAGGCUGGCGCCAGCCUCAGCAAUUAUGUCAUGUGAAAAGCGCAGCCCCCAUUGAGCGCAUCCCAUCCCCCGGAUCAAACCCCAUUACUUCCGCGGCCCUUGCUUCAUUAUCUCCCCGCCAGAGCACGCCUCUCCCGGGGGCCGCUUCACCCCAUUAGCCGGGCUGGGGAGCUGAGGGAGCAUCGAUUAUGCGUUUAAUGGGUUGUUAAAGGUUUAAUUGUCACUAACGAAGCAGACGAGCAACAGCAGCCGGGGGACGAGGAACAAGGAGAAGGGUCUCACUGGGGUCAAUGCAUCUCCUGGCCUGGUGGCGUCCUGGCUGGUCCUGUCUGACCCCAGGGCCGUGUGGGCAUCGGAGUCCAGCCUUGGGGCUAUCAGAUCGGGCCACUGUGGACUCAGCCAUCUCUGCUGGGGCUGUGCUGACUUUGCCACCACCAUGAGACUGUCAGUGCCACUGGCUGUGCCCCCAGCACUGGCGGGUAGUCAGGCACGAUCCCCUGAAGCUGUGGAGCCACGCUGUGAACCUUGAGGUUGUGGCACCAUGCCACCACCAAGCCAAGCUGCCAUGGUUCCAUCAAAACCUUCUCCCUGUCAGCAGCAGGUAAGGCCACUGUGGGGACCCCAGUCAGCCCCCUCCCCAGCCCUGUUCAAAGGGGUGCGGGGGUCCCGCUGCCAACCACCCUUCUGCUGGCACAAUUCCGACAGCUUUGUGCCUCCAACAUGCAACUGGGUGGGCACCACGGGGAGCAAUUAGGGCAGGCGGGUGCAGCCGCUGAGGGGUGGCUGAGCAGAUGCCUCUGAUGAGCUGCUGAGGACGUGGUGCGGCACAAAGUCCUCAGAUGGGGCUGCAUCAGGUCACCCAUGCCUGGAUCUGGUCACUCAUGUCUGGAUCUGGUCACUUGUACCUGCAUCAGGUCACUCAUAC